GGGCCGAUAUUCGUACCUAAAAUUAGCCAAAAAAAAUCACUGUUGGACCAUGAAAUAAAUCGAUCAACGAAGUCUAUUCAUUUUGACAGUUGGACGGAAAUAUAUUCAAAGGUUAAUGGGGUUUACAUAUAGUGCGCGAAAGCGCUAAAUUUAGCCAAUGAUUGAGCUAGGUGAUUACGUCAUUUGUAUUCACUUUGUACUAUGCACACCUCGAAGCAUCCCGGAAAGAUUCGAGAAAAAACUCAGCCUUUUCCGUAUUUGUUCAAUUUUGGAAAACGUACUAGAGCGUGACUACGUACUGUCUUCUUUAUACUGGUAGUGUAAACAUGCCGCUUAUUUUGCGAGCUUGAAUAAAAGUCACUCGCAAUUUGCAAAUGUCGCUCGCAUUUUGCGAGUAUGCGAGUCUAAAUUCGAACCCUGAUAUUUGGGACUAAAAUUUUAAAUGUGUGAGACCACAGGUGACAGUUACGUUGACAGGACCAACCCUAUUUGCCAUGCCUCCAAACCCAUUUUUUUUUGUGAAUGGAAACCACACUAGUAAAAAUGUCGCAUAAAAGCUAGUUUUAUUGUGGAAAAAUCAGAAAAAAGGGGUUUCCAAGUAGUGCAUCUUGGCCUCGGAUAAAAAUUGACGAUGCUGAUGUUCAAACUUCUGUAGCUGCAACAACAACUUCUUGCAUAAUCAUCUGUCAAGUGAGCUGAUGACUUGUUGAAGAGUAUAGUUGGAAAACGCCAGGCUGAGCAAUUAGAAGAUGAAGACCAACAGACGAAAAAAACAAAGACUGACGGAACUGGUCGUCUGGAGGUGAUGCAGAGGAUCCAGGUUCACACUGUGGAAACUGUCGAGGCUUGUCUCCAUGAGGUUGCCAUCCCACCGGAAACAGAGUUUGUUCCCCUUCAAACAGUGAGCACAGAGCCAGCCAAGACGUACCCUUUCAUCCUCGACCCGUUCCAGAAGGAGGCCCUUCUGUGUCUUGAGAAUAAUCAGUCUGUCCUCGUGUCCGCUCACACAUCUGCCGGGAAAACAGUUGUGGCAGUCUAUGCCAUAGCAAUGUCACUUCGCGACAAGCAGCGAGUCAUCUACACAACCCCGAUCAAGGCCUUGAGCAACCAGAAGUACCGAGAGUUGUUUGAGGAGUUCCAAGAUGUCGGUCUUAUGACGGGAGAUGUAACGAUCAAUCCCACCGCAAGUUGUCUAGUCAUGACCACUGAGAUCUUGAGGAGCAUGCUUUACCGAGGCUCAGAAAUCAUGCGGGAAGUGGGCUGGGUUAUUUUUGAUGAAAUCCACUACAUGAGGGAUAAAGAGCGUGGUGUGGUCUGGGAGGAGACUAUAAUCCUACUGCCAGACAAUGUGCACUAUGUGUUCCUGUCUGCCACUAUCCCAAAUGCCCGCCAGUUUGCCGAGUGGAUCUGCUACCUGCACGACCAGCCCUGCCAUGUGGUGUACACAGACUACCGACCCACCCCUCUUCAACACUACCUCUUCCCCUCCGGUGGGGAUGGCAUCCAUCUUGUGGUCGAUGAGAAUGGUGAGUUUCGGGAGGAGAACUUUAACACAGCCAUGUCUGUUCUGAAAGACGCUGGGGAUGCAGGCAAGGGAGAUCAGCGCGGGAGAAAAGGGGGCUUCAAACAGCAAGAAAGCAAUUGUUACAAGAUUGUGAAGAUGAUUCUGGAGCGCAAGUUUGCCCCGGUGAUUGUAUUCAGCUUCAGCAAGAAGGACUGUGAGGCGUACGCCAUGCAGAUGACGAAACUCGACUUCAACACGGAUGAGGAGAAGAACCUCGUUCAGGAAGUGUUCAACAAUGCCAUUGAUGCACUGUCUGAUGAAGACAAGAAACUACCACAGGUUGAACAUGUGUUACCACUGCUGAAGAAGGGUAUAGGGAUCCAUCACGGCGGUCUCCUGCCCCUGCUCAAAGAAACCAUCGAGAUUCUCUUCUCCGAGGGGCUGAUCAAGGCGCUGUUUGCCACAGAGACAUUUGCCAUGGGCCUGAACAUGCCUGCCAGAACUGUGCUGUUCACAAAUGCCAGGAAGUUUGACGGCCAGGACUUCAGAUGGAUCACGUCAGGAGAGUAUAUCCAGAUGAGUGGGCGAGCAGGAAGGCGUGGCCUGGAUGACCGUGGGAUCGUUAUACUCAUGAUUGAUGAGAAGAUGCCCCCUGCUGCUGGCAAGGCUGUUCUCAAGGGUGCAGCAGACUCCCUGAACAGUGCAUUCCAUCUGACAUACAACAUGGUGCUGAACCUCCUGAGAGUGGAGGAAAUCAACCCAGAGUUUAUGUUGGAGAGAUCCUUCUACCAGUUCCAGAACUACGCCGCAAUUCCCGGCCUCAUUGAUAAGAUGAAGAAUACUGAGGACCGGUACAACCAGUGUGUGGUGCCAAAUGAGGACCAGGUGUCAACAUACUACAAGAUACGACAGCAGCUAAACCACCUUGGACGUGAACUGCUCACAUACAUUCAAAAACCGCAGUACAUCUUGCCGUUCCUGCAGCCGGGCAGGCUCGUGCACGUGAAGAACGGGGAGGAUGACUUUGGCUGGACCAUGGUCGUUAACUUCCAGAAAAAGGCUAACCAGAGCAAGACUUCAGAUGAGGGCCCAGUAUAUGUGUGUGAGGUGCUAGCUAACUUGACAAAGGAUUCAGCCAGGAGUCGCAACUCAGCACUAAUCAAGCCUCAACAGCCUCCGAGCACACUCGGCGAAAUGCAGGUGAUUCCAGUGAUGUUACACCUGAUACAUGAGAUCAGUGCUGUCCGACUAUACCUACCUAAAGACCUUCGUCCUCUCGAUAACAGACAGAGUGUUGGCAAGUCCAUACAGGAGGUUCAGAAAAGGUUUCCUGAUGGUCUGCCCCUGUUAGAUCCGGUGGAGGAUAUGGGUAUUAAAGAAAAGUCCAUGAAAGAUGUUGUCAAGAAAAUCGAGGCAUUUGAACACAGACUCUUUUCACAUCCAUUAUCCAAAGAUCCUAACUUGGAAGAGUGGUUUGACUUGUAUGAUAAGAAAGUAAAGAUUGGUAAUGAAGUAAAGUCUAUAAAAGCUGAACUUAAGAAGAAAAAGUCUUUGUUACAAAUGGAUGAGUUAAAGUGUCGUAAGCGUGUGUUGAGAAGACUAGGGUACUGUACAGCGUCCGACGUUAUCGAGCUGAAAGGCAGAGUGGCUUGUGAAAUAAGCAGUGGAGAUGAGCUGAUGAUAACGGAGCUGCUGUUUAAUGGCGUGUUUAACGAUCUCACCCCACAGCAAAGUUGUGCACUCCUCAGCUGCUUCGUGUUUCAGGAAAAUGCGGGGGAUGGUAAUAUGAAACUCACUGAGCAGCUUGCAGGACCAUUACGAUUGUUACAGGACACAGCGAGGCGAAUUGCUCGCGUGAGUAAAGAGGCAAAGCUGGAGAUUGAUGAAGAGAAUUACGUGGGCUCAUUCAAGCCGGAGAUGAUGGACAUUGUACAUGCAUGGUGUAACGGCUCAUCUUUCUUUGAGAUCUGUAAGAUGACCAACAUAUUUGAAGGGAGUAUAAUCCGAUGUAUGCGACGUCUUGAGGAGACCUUACGACAGAUGGUCCAAGCCGCCAAGGCCAUUGGAAACACUGAGCUCGAGAAUAAAUUCAAUGAAGGAAUAAGGAGCAUGAAGAGAGACAUAGUGUUUGCAGCGAGUUUGUACUUGUAGUGAACCUCAACACAGCACCACAGUUACUGUUAUAGUUACAGUGAAUGUAAGCUAGCUAUGAUCUCAAGAAUAUCGUAGAUGGAAUCUAAGACCAGUCCAUAUGUUGGUCCCACAUGGAUUUCAAUAUUGCAAAUGACAGCAGCUACCAGAACACUAUUAUACAUUUGUUGGGUCUCAAUUUUUCCUCAUUUGUGCCAGUACCCAAGAAGGUAUUAAUUUUUAGGACAUGACUUUAGUUGUGAAGGGAACCAGUCAAACAAUUGUACAUUAUAUCAUUGAAAGUUGCUGUCUCUUAUGGAGAAACAGUAAGACACGGACAAAAGAUAUAAGCCAUUGCAGUAGUGAACGUUAUGACUUGAUGUUCUCAUUUGCAUUUUGUGUGCAAGUGAUUGUUAUGUCAUAGUUUCAUCUACAUGUUUUACAUGUAUGUAUCAUAGAAUUUCAAUCAUGCCUCAUUUCUAAGGUGAUAUUAUCACCCGUUUUCUCAUUUGUUUUUCACUGCAAAUGAUAAUGUCUUUAAAAUGUAAAUACGCUUCUGUACAUACUGUAACAUACUUCACCCUUAUGUUAAUGUAUAGUCGAUGUUAUGGAAUCUGCAAAUAAAGUGAAUGCAUAAAAAAGUUA